AUGUGCAAGAGUCUGCCCUGCUGCUUCAGUGACGACCGCGUUGUGCUCCCACUCAUUCGUUUAGCCAUGCCGUCUGAUUUAGCCAAGAAGAAGGCUGCGAAAAAGAAGGAAGCCGCCAAGGCCCGUCAACGCACCAAGAAAUCAGAUGAAGUCGAUGGCGACAAUGAACAAGCGGAGGCUCAGGAAAAUGGAGCGGAAAGCAAUGGCAUUGACAGUUUGACACAAGAAAUUGAUGAAUUUGAACUGCAAAAAUCUGAGGCACGGGCUGUCACUGGCGUUCUUGCCUCACACCCCAAUAGCACUGAUGUCCAUAUCAGCAGCCUGGCACUCACUUUCCAUGGGCAGGAGCUACUAUCAGACACCAGCCUUGAGCUUAACUCUGGCAGACGAUAUGGUCUGCUUGGCCUGAAUGGAACAGGAAAAUCUAUGUUGUUGUCGGCCAUUGGACACAGAGAGAUACCCAUUCCAGAGCACAUAGAUAUUUAUCACUUGAGCCGAGAGAUGGCACCUAGUGAAAAGACUGCUCUGCAUUGUGUUAUGGAGGUGGAUGAAGAAAGGAUAAAAUUGGAAAAGGAGGCUGAGCGACUUGCUCAUGAGGAUUCUGAGUGUGAGAAGUUGAUGGAGCUGUACGAGCGUCUGGAGGAGCUGGAUGCUGAUCAGGCCGAAGUACGAGCUUCUCGGAUUCUUCAUGGUUUGGGCUUCAGCCCCGUCAUGCAGAAUAAGAAAAUGAAGGACUUCAGUGGAGGUUGGAGAAUGCGCGUUGCACUUGCCAGAGCACUCUUCAUCAAGCCCUUCAUGCUGCUUCUGGAUGAACCCACAAACCACCUGGAUCUGGAUGCCUGUGUAUGGCUGGAAGAGGAGCUCAAAUCCUUUAAGCGUAUCCUUGUUUUGAUUUCACAUUCUCAAGACUUCCUCAACGGUGUCUGUACCAACAUUAUUCACUUGCAUCAGAGAAAGCUCAAAUACUACACUGGUAAUUAUGACCAGUAUGUUAAAACCAGAGAAGAGCUGGAGGAGAACCAAAUGAAGCGCUUUAACUGGGAGCAGGACCAGAUCGCACACAUGAAGAAUUACAUUGCCAGAUUUGGCCAUGGCUCUGCUAAGCUGGCACGGCAGGCGCAAAGCAAAGAGAAAACGCUGCAAAAAAUGGUGGCUUCAGGCUUAACUGAGAAAGUUGUGAAUGACAAGACAUUGUCAUUUUGUUUUCCUCCCUGUGGGAAGAUUCCUCCACCUGUAAUCAUGGUUCAAAAUGUGAGCUUCAAGUACAGUGACAACACACCCCACAUCUAUAAAAACCUCGAGUUUGGCAUAGAUCUGGAUACACGAGUGGCUCUUGUGGGGCCCAAUGGUGCUGGAAAGUCAACGCUUCUAAAACUUUUAAUGGGAGAGCUUUUGCCUUGUGACGGCAUGAUUCGCAAACAUUCACAUGUCAAGAUUGGUAGAUACCACCAGCAUCUUACAGAACAACUUGAGCUGGACCUGUCCCCGCUGGAGUAUAUGAUGAAAUGUUUCCCUGACAUAAAAGAGAAAGAAGAGAUGAGAAAGAUCAUUGGGCGUUACGGUUUGACGGGGAAACAACAGGUCAGUCCAAUCAGAAACCUGUCAGAUGGUCAAAAGUGUCGAGUUUGUUUUGCUUGGUUGGCUUGGCAAAACCCUCACAUGCUGUUCCUUGAUGAGCCGACGAAUCACUUGGACAUAGAGACGAUAGAUGCGUUGGCGGAUGCGAUCAAUGAUUACGAGGGAGGAAUGAUGCUUGUGAGCCACGACUUCAGACUAAUCCAGCAGGUGGCUCAGGAGAUAUGGGUGUGUGAGAAGCAGACUAUCACAAAGUGGAAUAGAGACAUCUUGGCCUAUAAGGAACAUUUGAAAUCUAAGAUUGAGAACCAGGCGCAUGAUAUCUGA